UGUUGCCUUCGUGACGUCACCAUGUUGCUGGCUGUACUAUAAAAAAAAUACACACUCACUCAAAACAGCGAAGCAGGAAGAAGAACAGGAAUAGAACCGAAACCACAAGAGGACAGACGAGAGGCAGUGCGGAGAGACAAGUUAAGGGUCCUUACGAAGAACUGCACGGAUUUCACACCCCGGUUCCAACAUGAACGUGUUUGAUCGCAACAUAAAUUUUGAUGCUCUCUUCAAGUUCUCCCAGAUCCCUUAUUCAACCCAGGUGCACUUGAAGAAUGUUUACUCCAGUUUAGCAGUGUGUAUGUUCGUGGCUGCUGCUGGCUCCUACGUCCAUGUUGUCACUCGCCUAUUUCAGGGUGGAGUGCUAUCUCUGCUGGGUUCUCUGGGGAUGAUGUUCUGGCUGGCAAUGACACCACACAACUCUGAGACAGAGAAGAAGAGAUUGGCCAUCCUUGCAGGAUUUGCUUUCUUAACAGGUGUUGGGCUUGGUCCUGCACUGGACUUUGUCAUUGCCAUUAAUCCAAGCAUCAUUGUAACAGCUUUCCUGGGAACCUCCAUGAUUUUCAUCUGCUUCACUCUCAGCGCCCUCUAUGCCAAACGCAGGAGCUAUCUCUUCCUGGGAGGCACGCUUAUGUCUGGCCUUUCCGUAUUGUUCCUGAUGUCCGUGAUGAACAUGUUCUUUGGAUCUGUGAUGCUUUUCAAGGCACACAUGUACCUUGGGCUGAUCUGUAUGUGUGGAUUCGUCUUGUUUGACACCCAGCUCAUCAUUGAGAAAGCAGAGAAUGGAGACAAGGAUUAUAUCUGGCACUGUGUGGAUCUGUUCCUUGAUUUUGUCACCAUCUUCAGGAAACUGAUGGUCAUCCUUGCCAUGAAUGAGAAGGACAAGAAGAAAGAAAAGAAAUAGAGCACAAGUGCUUAUGGAGUUUGAAAUUAAAAACAAUUUGUGAGACAAGGCACAAUUCGCAAUGC